CUACAACUCCAGUCAACUUCUAUCUAUAGCUUAUACUCUAUAGUCCCCAAUAUACACUUUCCAGCAUUCUGUCCAUCGUUUCAUCAUCCCGUCCUUCUCUCUCUCUCACUCAACCCUCACUUCCAAACAAAAGACUUUACUACAUUUUCCCUCCCCGAAAAUGCCCUCCCAAGCCGACGACAAACGCCAGGCCGCCCGCGAAGUUAUUGACAUUCUUCACGAGAUUUCCACCCUUCUUAACACUAAUUUAGACCGCACGGAGCUGUCGCUUUGUGUGUCCUUGAUUGAGAAUGGAGUCAAUCCGGAUGCUCUUGCUGCGGUCAUUAAGGAUCUAAGAAAAGAAUCUGGUGUGCCGCGCGGGUUCGCGAAUGAGCAGCAGCAGCAGGGUUUGCCGGAGUGAGAUAGAUGGCUGUUAAGAAUCUAACCUGGGGUUGUGGGUUGUGUGUUUAGUAUGACUAUUUUAGGUAUCUAUGGCGUUUUCUGCUUCUUUCUGUUUGGGUUGGUUUUUCCUUGUGAUACCCGUUUAUUCUUUAAUUAGAAUGGAAUAAUAUGAUGGAC